AACACGGCGAGGAUAAAGCAAGAUGGCUUCUGACGGUGAAGACCUUAUUGUAGUCGUCACAGUUCAGUGUUGUUAAUCUGUGCCUCCAUGUACACAUAUAUGUCCUUUAUUAGGCUCUAUUAAAUAGAGUAAACAUCAUUAUUAACUGUUUGCAUCCGGUUAUAUUAGUCUGAGCGCACUUUGAUGCUCCUCGAGCUAGCUUAGCCUGCUAGUUAGCUUAGCUUGUUAGCUGCUAACAAAGAAACGCGGACGUUAUCAACACAUCGCUAAGUAGAGAUCAAAUGUGAGUGUGAAGUGUUGUGAUUGUGUGAAAAUGUGCGAAAGAACGAUAGCAAAGUAUGAGGAGGAACUUUGUCCAACAAAAGAGGAGAAGGUGCGACAACAUCAACUACUGUACGCUGGUUUCAAGAAACUUCAAGUUGUUUUACGCAGAACAGACGUCUGUGAAGAACAUAUUCUCCCUGAGCAACAGAAGUGGAGCUUCAGGAUGGAGCCACAGCCCUCCCCCAUUGAAAAUGAAGAGGGACACCCACUGAUCCCCCAUUUAAAGGAGGAAGAGGAGGGCCCACCGAUCCCCUAUUGUAAAAAAGAAGAGGAUGACCCACUGACAGCCCAUUUUGAAGAGGAAGAUGAGGACCCACUGACACCCCAUUUUAAAGAGGAAGUGGUGGAUUCACUGAGCCCUCACAUCGAGGAAGAGAAGGACCCACUGAGACUUCACAUUAAAGAGGAAGACCCACUGAUCCCUCACAUUAAAGAGGAAGACCCACUGAUCCCUCACAUUAAAGAGGAAGAGGAGGACCCACUGACCCCUCACAUUAAAGAGAAAGAGAAGGACGAGAAAGAGAAGGACCCACUGACCCCUUACAUUACAGAGGAAGAAAAGGAGUCACAGACCCCUCACACCAAAGAGGAAAAAGAGGAACAGAGCAUCAGUCAAGAGGGAGAGAAUCUUAAAUGGUUGGAGAAGGUUGAUGUCACCAAGAUGCCAGUGAUUGGUGUCCCUGUGAAGAGUGAAGAUGAUGAGGUCAAAGGUGAAAGUGAGGAGAAGAGAGAGGCAGAGCCUCCAAGCAGCAGGUCAACACAACACAUGACAACAGAAGCUGAUGGAGACCACUGUGGAGGAUCACAAGCAGACAAGCUCUUAGCUCCACUAUCAGAUAGUGAGGACACAACGUCACACUCUCCUGACACUGAUGAUGAAGACUCUAAAGAUGAUAAGACAUGUCACACUGACAACACUCACUUCACAUGUUCUCUCUGUGACAAAACCUUUAAAUACCGUUGUGGUCUGAAAAGUCACAUGAGUACACACACCGGAGAGAAACCUUAUUCUUGCUCAUAUUGUGGUAGAGAUUUUAGACUAAAAGGCACGCUGAAAGAACAUAUGAAAAUACAUACUGGAGAAAAACCUUUUUUAUGUUCAGAAUGUGGUAAAUGUUUUGGAAUAAAUACAAGUUUAAAAGUACACAUGAGAACACACACUGGAGAAAAACCUUUUUCAUGUUCAAUCUGUGGUAAAGAUUUUACUCUAAAGCACCAUUUCAAAGCACACAUGAGAACGCACACUGGAGAAAAACCUUUUUCAUGUUCAAUCUGCGGUAAAGAUUUUACUCAAAAGCACCAUUUCAAAGCACACAUGAGGACACACACUGGAGAAAAACCUUUUUCAUGUUCAAUCUGCGGUAAAGAUUUUAUUCAAAAGCACAAUUUCAAAGCACACGGGAGAAUACACAAUGGUGAAAAACGUUUUUCCUGCUUAGAAUGUGGUAAAUGUUUUCUAAGAAAUCAAGAGUUAAAAUCACACACGAGAAUACACACAGGUGAAAAACCAUUCAUAUGCUCAAUUUGCAAUAAAGGAUUCUCCCGGAAGCCAUAUUUGAUACAACACACAAAAACACACACUGGUGAAAAACCUUUUAUAUGUUCAGUAUGUGGUAAACGUUUUAUACAAAGACAUCAUCUAAAACAACACAUGGAACACACACUGGUGAAAAACCCUACUCCUGUUUAAGCUGCAACAAACACUUUUGUCAGCGAGAAGCUCUUACAGCACACAUGAGAAGACACCCAGGAGAGAAAGUGUUGAGUUGCAGUGUGUGUGGUGAAAGAUUCUCUUCUAAGUACCAGUGUAAGAAACACAAGUGUGCUGGUGAGAACAGC